AUGGGUUGCGUAAGUUCGAAGAAAAAAUUAUGCCGGAAUUGCAAGGCGCCGGUAGGGCGGAGCUACUCAAUGCAAGUCCACGGCCAGCCGGAGAAAUCAAGCGAUAGCCACCAUAUGGUGACUCUCUCUUCCUCCACAUUGGGUUCUUUGAUGCUUGAUUCAUCAAAUCGUAAUCAUCCGUUAAAUCAGAUUCAUUAUAUAGAAGAUGUGAUUCCAAUUGAAACUGGGGGAUUCAAUAAAGAGAAAGUGAUUAAAGAUGAGUUCAAAAUGGAGAUCAUCGAGGCAAAAACUUGGUCGAAAAUGAUUGAUGAGAAAAUCCCGAAAGUGUUUACUAAAACACCUACAAGAACUCCUCCGGGUGAGCCCGAGAUUAUCAAUGUUUGGGAAUUGAUGGAGGGUCUUGAGGACACUGGCCCUCUAAGGCCUCAUCAUCUUCGUAGUAUAUCUUUCCAAGGUUUGCAUAAUCCACAUUUGUCACGUCUUGACGAGCAAACAACGCCAAGAUUGAAAGAAAAUGGUGAAGUGUCGUCCAUUACAUUGUGGCCUGAUAUGACUGAAAAUGAUUCGAAUUCAAAUAUGAAUUCAAAUGGUACAUCGGUCAAUGUUCCUUGUAAUCCAAUUAUGUCUCAUCUUGAUGAUCAAACAAUGCCAAGAGUGAAAGAAGAAGAUGAAGCAUCUUCCAUUCCAUCAUGGCCCGUUAUGUCCAACAAUGACUUGAAUUCAAAUUCAAAUGAUACAACUAUAGUUUCAGAAUUUGAUCCUGAAGUUAUUUCCACUUUCCAAAAAGCACUCGAGGAUCUUCCUCCGGCCAACCCAAUUCAUCUCUCAUUGGACGGUGACAAGGAGGCAGCAUUGGCUGGAAAGGAUCAGCCUUUGGAGGUAAAAGAUUGCGAGCAAAACGCAAGUGGCACUUUCAGGGGAAAUGAGGUUAUUGCAGCACGUGGUGCAGAGAAGGUGAUUGUGUAUUAUACAAGCCUAAGAGGUGUGAGAAAGACAUACGAGGAUAGCUGCCAUGUGCGAGUGCUUCUUAAAGGACUUGGUGUUAAGGUUGAUGAGAGGGAUGUAUCAAUGCAUUCAGGAUUCAAGGAGGAGCUGAAAGAGUUAUUGGGGGACAGGUUCAGCGGCGGCUUGCCGAGAAUUUUUGUUGGACGGAAAUAUAUUGGCGGGGCAGAGGAAGUCAGACUAAUGAAUGAUGAGGGACGGCUCCAAAAGGUGGUGGAAAGCUGUGAGCUGGUGGAGGACGGCGGUAGAGGUGGAAGAAUAGGAGUUUGUGAAGCAUGUGGGGAUAUUAGAUUUGUGCCUUGUGAAACAUGUUCCGGGAGCUGUAAAAUAUACCACGAGGGUGAUUUUGAGGAAGAAUGUGAUGAAAAUGAGCAAGAAUAUGGCUUUCAUCGAUGCCCUGAUUGCAAUGAAAAUGGACUUGUACGAUGUCCGAUUUGUUGUGAUUAA